AUGCCUAUGCGCCUGCCCUCGCUCAUCAAUCUCCGCCGCCCGGCUGACGCGACCCUCACACCCGAAGACAUCUUUGGCUCAUCGCUAGGCGGCAUUUUCACAGACGACCUGCAGAACCAGCACGGCGAUAACCCAGAAACCCUCAUUCUAUAUCAAAAUCACAAAUAUGGCGAGCUGGUGUUGAGGACGGCCGACUUCAAUGGCGAGGAGCAGAGGCGCAAGUUUGCCCACUACCUAUGGAAUGCUGGCAUCAUGAUGGCAGAGUUAGUCACUGGACGGCCUAAGGAUGGAGAAGAGGAGUCCGUUAAGAAGAUAGAAAACGACGAGUUCACACGCUGGGAGAACGGCCAAUGGUGGACUAGUGAGGAAGAGGAGAAAAAAUGGAGUGUCAAGGACGAGUCGGUAUUGGAGCUGGGCGCAGGCGUAGGAUUGGGUGGGAUGUUGAGCGCAUUGGCGGGUGCCAAAGAGGUCGCCAUCACCGAUUACCCAGCACCUCCAAUCCUUGAUACCCUCAAGGCGAACGUUGCAAAGAACAUACCGGCUACUCUACAAUCUCGAGUAACCAUCCAAGGCCAUGAAUGGGGUUCCACUUCCACAGCCUUCGAAUCGUCGAAAGCCCAUACCUACACACGUAUACUCGCAGCAGACUGCUUCUGGAUGCCUGGAGAGCAUGAGAACCUCGCAAAGUCGAUGCUACACUUCCUCGCAGAUACGCCUGACGCGCGUGUAUAUUGUAUUGCGGGUUUCCACACAGGCCGUGCCAAGGUUGCGCCUUUCUUUGAGGAGGUUGUACCAGAGCAAGGGCUCGAGAUCGAGGAAAUCUACGAAAUGGACGCGGACGGACAGCGGCGGCCGUGGGCAAAGGAGCGUGAUGGCGGCCAGGAGAAUAUGGGCGAGCGGAAAAAGUGGCUCAUCGUUGCGCGAUUACGGCGACUCGUUCGAUCGUAG